AUGGCUUCAAAAAGAGCUCUGGUCAUCCUGGCUAAAGGAGCAGAGGAAAUGGAGACGGUGAUCCCUGUAGAUGUCAUGAGAAGAGCUGGAAUUAAGGUCACCGUUGCAGGUCUGGCUGGAAAAGACCCGGUACAGUGUAGCCGAGAUGUUGUCAUUUGUCCUGAUGCCAGUCUGGAAGAUGCAAAAAAAGAGGGACCUUAUGAUGUGGUGGUUCUGCCAGGAGGUAAUCUGGGUGCACAGAAUUUAUCUGAGUCCGCUGCUGUGAAGGAGAUACUGAAGGAACAAGAGAAGAGGAAGGGCCUCAUCGCUGCCAUCUGUGCAGGUCCUACAGCUCUGCUGGCUCAUGAAAUAGGUUUUGGAAGCAAAGUUACAACACACCCACUUGCCAAAGACAAAAUGAUGAAUGGAAGUCAUUACAGCUACUCCGAGAACCGCGUAGAGAAAGACGGCCUGAUCCUCACCAGCCGGGGACCAGGAACCAGCUUCGAGUUUGCUCUGAAGAUCGUCGAGGUGCUGGUCGGCAAGGAGGUGGCCGACCAAGUGAAGGCCCCACUGGUUCUUAAAGAUUAA